AUGGAUAUCCUCAUGGAUGGAAACUCCACCUGCCUUCGACAGCGAAAAAAAAACCAAACGCUUCUACCCGUCCAGCGCUCCGCACUUUACGCCGCGCAGGCUCUUGCGGAGCAGCUACUGCCAUCCCAUAAAACGAAAAGUACUUUUCUGCAGGAUCGUCAAAAGGAUUUUUAUCAUUUCCGAAUGAAUUCCCCUUCGAUGGCGACCAUUUCUACCUCCACGAGCUUCGCCAACAUUCCACAUCACCCAACCCAUAUCCCGCAAUCCACGUCGGGAUCUUCAGGGAAUCCUAUUCAAACGACAAAUCCUUCUCAGAUGGGGAUCCCCUCAUUCCCUUUGGAAAGUCCUAGUUUGAUUCAAAGGAAUAUAAUGAUCUCAAAUCCUUCCCAUAUGUACACCGAAUCCUCUUUCAAAUGCCGAAAUAUAGCAGAUUUGGGUAUAUUGAAGUAA